CUCUCAACUAUUUUUGUUGCUGCAAAGCAACAAAAAGGGAAGGAGGCGUUUAGUUGAAUUGGUGGGGGCAACAAAGAUUACAGUAUUCAGUGGAAAGUAGCACCAUGCCUCGGAAAGUGAAUUAUGGGAUUGAUUAUGAUGAUGACUAUGAUGUCUAUGAGGAUGAUGAUUAUCUCAAUGGAGAUGAGUACGAAUAUAAAAAUGAAGAAAGAGUUAUUGCACCAAAACAAGAAGUCAUCAAGGCUGGGGUAUGGCGUUGCCCUAUUUGUACAUAUGAUAAUGAAGAUAGUAUGUCUGAAUGUGACAUAUGUGGGGUUUUACGCAAUCCUUUGGUCAAAUUUAGUGGCAACAGUAACAGGACUGCAGCCAAUUUCAAAAGAUUAUCGUCAUUAGAUAUGCCUUCAAGUGAAAGAGAGAAGAAUAUUCUUAUUGAAUCGGAAUUGGGUGCCGAAGGGCCCAAUUCUUCAUCAGCAUCCUUGGGGAGAGAUGGGCGUAGUGUUGUGAAGGGGAGAGAGACUGCUUCUGACAGUGGGAGCAAACCAGAAAUACUUAACAGUAGCAUGAGUAGUGUUUCUUUGUCUUCAAAAUCUAGAACUGAAAAUGCUAAUGAGGAUAAGGACAAGUCAAAUUUACAAUAUAAACCCGAGUCGUGGAUGAUGCCAGAUCAAGCAGAAGGCAGAUUGAGUCAACUAAAUCUUGCGAUUGUUGGUCAUGUUGAUUCUGGAAAAUCAACACUUUCAGGAAGGUUGCUUCAUCUUUUGGGACGGAUAUCCCAAAAAGAGAUGCACAAGUAUGAAAAGGAAGCUAAACAACAGGGGAAGGGAUCCUUCGCUUAUGCCUGGGCAUUGGAUGAAAGUGCUGAAGAAAGGGAAAGGGGUAUAACCAUGACUGUGGCUGUUGCUUUUUUCAAUUCUAAGAAAUAUCAUGUUGUUCUGCUGGACUCCCCUGGCCAUAGAGAUUUUGUUCCAAACAUGAUAUCUGGAGCAACACAAGCAGAUGCUGCCAUUCUGGUGGUAGAUGCUUCAGUUGGUUCAUUUGAAGCAGGGCUGGAUGCAAUCGGAGGGCAAACAAGAGAACAUGCACAGCUCAUAAGAAGCUUUGGAGUGGAUCAAAUUAUAGUUGUAGUUAACAAAAUGGAUGUAGUAGAAUACUCCCAAGAACGGUUUGAUAUGAUUAAGCAGAAACUUGGAACAUUUCUUCGCUCUUGUGGUUUUAAAGACUCUUCUGUAUUAUGGAUUCCAGUGAGUGCGAUGGAAAACCAAAAUUUGGUGGCAACUCCUUCUGAUACACGAUUGUUCACCUGGUUUCAUGGACCUUGUUUAUUGGAUGCAAUAGAUUCUCUUCAACUUCCUGCAAGAGAUUAUUCAAAGCCUUUACUAAUGCCAAUAUGUGACAUUAUCAAAUCACAAUCACAAGGUCAGGUGUCUGCAUGUGGGAAAUUGGAGACUGGAGCUAUUCGAACUGGUUCUAAGGUUCUGGUUAUGCCUUCGAGAGUAGUAGCAACAGUGCGUUCUAUGGAACGGGAUUCUCAAGUUUGUAGCAUUGCAAGAGCUGGUGACAAUGUCACAGUCAAUUUACAGGGUAUAGAGGGCAAUCGCGUGACAGCUGGUGGUGUCUUAUGUCACCCUGAUUUCCUGGUUCACGUGGCAAACCAGUUGGAACUGAAGAUCCUGGUGCUGGAUGUUACAGUUCCAAUUCUAAUUGGUUCUCAGUUGGAAUUACACGUACACCAUGCAAAGGAGGCUGCAAGAGUUGUGAAGAUAUUGUCGCUGCUUGAUCCAAAGACUGGGAAGGUUACGAAAAAGUCCCCAAGGUGUAUAUUAGCAAAGCAGAACGCAGUAGUUGAGGUGGUUCUGCAAGGAUCGGUUUGUGUCGAGGAGUAUGCUAAAUCUAGAGCCCUGGGACGGGUGUCACUUAGAUCAUCAGGAAGAACUGUUGCUGUUGGUCUUGUAUCCCAAAUAAUGAAGACGCAAGAUUGAUUUUGAUAGGAGAUAAUUGGCAUUGUUGCGACCAACAAUCCGUGAAAGAUCUGUAAUCUGAUAUCAUCUACCAUUUUGAUAUAGCAGCAGGCAGUAUUAUAGUUUUUUUCUUAAUUGUAUAAUGUACAAGUGAUUCACUCUGGUUUAUAUGAUGAAUUAAAUUCCAUGAAUUAGUUUAUUCAAAGAUUUUCCGUUUAUUUAUAA